AUGGCGGCGAUUCCGAUUAUAUUGAUUUAUAAACUUCUUCAACUUUCCUUUUUACGACGAAAGAGAACGGCAUCUUUUGAAAGAAGACGCCGGAGACGUCCUUUCAUGUUACAGCAACAGAGGAUGGAGAGGAUAAGAAGAUUUGGCGAAUUUCAACAAAGACUUUUAACCUUUUUCCUAUCGAUGUCAUUAUUAUUGAAUACAUGUAAUUGUAGUCCGAUUAUUGACAGAAGAUUAUGGUCUCGAGAUCACCCUGACCAGUGGUGGAAAAAUGCCUAUAGAAGUUAUGAUGACACCCAAUUUAUUGAAAAUUUUCGAUUGACCAGAUUGACAUUUGUUGGCUUGUGCAAUUUGUUGAGAGCUGAUAUUGAAAAGCAGGAUACAAAUAUGAGAUCAUCAAUAUCAGUUGAACGAAGGAUUGGUGUAUUGUUAUGGGUCCUUGGAACAAAUGCAGAUUAUAGAACUGUUGCUGCAUUAUUUGGUAUGGGUCGUUCUACAGUAUGUUGCAUUGUACAAGAGGUUGUCAAAGCGUUGGUUAAAAGGAAAUCAUCCUUUAUUGUUUUUCCUCAAGAGUUUUCACGAGCUAAAGAUUGA